UACAGUUCAUGACACGAUACACGAGUGGCAUCAUAGUCGUGACGAAUCUCAUCAAUUGGACGCCAACCGUUGCGCUCCAUGGGACAAUUGUACCGUGGCCGCGCUACGUCGUCGUCGCCGGGCGCAGAUGUUUGCAGUUCGAUGAUAAGGUUAAUGGCAUCAUUAAUAAGGCCAAUGGGAAGCGCGUGUUUGCAGCUCCGUGCGUGCAUCUCGCGUGCUGCGGGUACAAAAGGGUAGAGGAGGAUUAUUCGUAUAGAGGCCCCUUGGCCUGCCUGCUUCUCACCCUUCUCCUCGCUCGGAGUACGGACUUAAGACCGGGUUCACCGAAUUAUAAUUCCGCAUUUGUAUUCGUUAAGGCGCCCGGCGGUUAAGGCUAUAACCGCGAUGAAUUUCGCGUUACACGCAAUCAAGCGCGGCCGAGCGUUAAUUAAUGAUCGGGCGCGCUAUAUGCUCCUCUCGGUGCCGUCGACCGCGACUCGCUGCAUAUCGGCGCCCGGGAGCGUCGUAACCGAUUGCUCGUUGCAAUGCAGUAUCCGCUACAUAGGAGACAGAUAUAAUGAUAAUCGACACUAGAAAAAUAUACGGAUAGUCGACAUUGAUUUUAACUUGAUCGUUGCUUAAUGUGCUUAAUAACUCAACAGGCGCUCGAUUGAAAGACUCGAACUAUUAUCUAUGUGUCGCAAUUUCAUAAGUUACGCUUGUUUUAUCACUGAGGUAACAAUGCGUGAGAGAAAUUCGUUACGUCAAUUAUUCAUACAAAUGCAAGUAUUUUUAAGAACUUUAAUCCUUUGAUUGUUUGACAGGAUGUCACAAAGUGACUUCAGAGAAUAGUUGCGUCAUUGUUCAUUAUUUGUUUAUAUGUUAAUUACGAGUAUGUGUAACUACAAUAAUCUAUACUCUUUAAAUCUCAUAGAGUGGUUUCGCUAUUAAUUAUUAGAGUGAUGUAAUUCAUUCCUAUGGAUACUGAUCUCCGCAUUCGAAAAGAAUGCACUUAAAAAUGAAGUGCGAUUUCACAUCAAUUACAGAGUACAAUUUCACUUUUUGUUACAUUUGUAUUUGGCUCAUUUUUCACUCUUUGAGAUUAUAUAGAGUACAAUUACAAUUUAGAGUGUAUAUAUAUUUACAAUAGAUUACUCGGUUAUUAGUAUAAGUUUAUGAAUAAAUAUUACAGAAAAAAAUAUAAGAACUUUUAUGACUUUUUGUCAUUUUUUACAUUCCAAUUUUUUUUCUAAAAAUUCUUGUAUAUGAGAAACUAAUAAAUGUCUAAUCG